UGGACCAAUCCACAUCCGCGUCACUCCCCUGCACUGCAUCUGCUCUACUCCUACAAAGAAGAAGUGAGCAAGAUUCAGAGAAUCAUCAGCCCAUCCAAUCCAAUCCAUCUUCUCUUCUCUUCUCCUCUUGUUGCUGCAGUAGAUGAGCAUGUCGGCGACGGCCGCCACGGCCACGGCCUGGCCCUCCACCUCCUCCUCCGUCCUCGCCCCUCGCACCCGCCACCACGCCGCUCCCAGCCCCCGCGCCCUCCGCUCCGGCUUCCUCGGCCGCGCCCUCACGCUGGCCGCCGCCACCGACCGCCCCUCCUCCGCCCCCGCCGCCGUCUCCGUCUCGGUGCGCGCGGCCUGGGACGGGCCGCUCUCCUCGGCGCGCCUCAUCAUGCAGGGCCGCAACGUCAAGCUGACGGAGAAGCUCAAGGAGCACAUCGAGGACAAGGUAGGGCGGGCGGUGCACAACCACGCGCACCUGGUGCGGGAGGUGGACGUGCGCCUCUCCGCCCGCGGCGGCGACCUCAGCAAGGGCCCCAAGCUCUCCCGCUGCGAGGUCACGCUCUUCACCAGGCGCCACGGCGUCGUCCGCGCCGAGGAGGAGGAGGAGUCAUCCUACGCCUCCAUCGACGCCGCCGCCGCCGUCGUCAAGCGCAAGCUGCGCAAGAUCAAGGAGAAGGAGACCGACGUGCGCCACCUCAAGGGCACCAAGGAGUGGCAGUCCUCUGGGCUGUCCGAUGUCGAAGAUGAAUCCGAGGCAGAGGAGGAGGAGGAGGAGGACGAGCUCGUCGAGGUCAUCGGCGCCGAGGACGAGGAGACCGUGCUCACCAAGGUUGUGCGCACCAAGGUGUUUGAGAUGGCGCCGCUGACGGUGGACGAGGCGCUGGAGCAGCUCGAGAACGUCGACCACGACUUCUACGCCUUCAGGAACGAGCAGACAGGGGAGGUGAACAUCCUGUACAAGAGGAAGGAGGGAGGGUUCGGGCUCAUCAUCCCCAAGCAGGACGGCCAUGUCGACAAGGCCACUGUCAAUGCCAAGGAGCACCCCGUCGUCGGCUGACCUCCUCGUCGUCUCCUCUCCAUGACACCAAGUCACUCACUAGCUGUAGGUGCAUUAGUUGUUCUGUUUUUUCCCUGAUGGUGGUGGUGGGUGUCUGUCUGUCAAGCAAGUGUCAACAACUGCUGAUGUUUCAUGAGAUCAGACAGUCCCUUGUGCAAAUUAACAGACGCUUUCUGAGCUGUGUUAACUCAUGAUGAUCCCACACACCCAGUUGGUAAGUUGUUUAAGAAGUGAUUUAAGUAAUCUGUAAUAUUGGGAUA